AUAGUGAAGCAAGAGGUGAGGGGAGUAACUGAGUUACUGGCCAACAACCAGGAGUCUCACCAUCCACGUCUAGACUCUGGCAACCACACUUGUUUACCAGACAGACCUGCUGAUUGUUUGGGCUACCGACGCCAGGGGUUCAUCACCAGCGGUGUGUUCAACAUAUAUCCCGUCAGCUGCUGCGAACCAGUGUCAGUGUGGUGUGACAUGACAACGGGGGGAGGCGGCUGGGUGGUCGUGUUUGCCCGCGUGCCUCAGGUGGAACAAGAAAACUUUGCUCGCCCCUGGAACGACUAUAAGAACGGAUUUGGUAAUCCUUAUCGAGAGUUCUGGAUAGGAAACGAUAUACUUCACUUGAUGACAGACAAUGUUCCCAGCAUUCUCAGAGUUGACGCUGAGAAUUUUGCCGGAAUUAGAAAAUUUGGUGAAUGGAGAAGUUUCAGGGUAGCUAACGAAACAGACUUGUAUAACCUGACUAUAGGUAACUACUGGCCAUCCAGCUCGUUAGGUGACGACUUGGCGAGAAAUAAUCGCAAGGUCUUCACUACUGUGGACCGUGACAAUGAUGAUGAUAGUGGUAAUUGUGCAGAAAAGAGGACAGGAGGUGGCUGGUGGUACACGUCCUGUAGUGACUGCAACCCGACUUCUGUCAUGGCUAAUACUGACAACUAUUUGACUUCAGCUACUUGGAAGAGCUGGAAUAAAAAUGAUCCUAAGUUCACCAGCUUGCGAUGGAUGCAACUAAAAAUUCGACCCAAAGACUCUCAGAGCCGUGCUAGAAUGUGCAUAGGACAGUAAGCAGUUACAUCAGAGUACAAGACUUCCUGGAUCACUUUCGGAUGUGCACAGGGCAGCGAGUAGUCAGUUUUCCUGGAGUGGUGGAAUGUGUUUUGCUCUUUCUUACCUGUAAAUAGCAUAUUAUCUCUCCUUUUCAUUAAAUAUACAGUAAAGUAUAACGCUCAUUUUUUCAAACAGUAAUCGGGACAUAAGGUGUCCCGUAGCUUGGAUGGUAGUGCACUCAGUCAGACAUUCUGUGUCCAUGGUUCAAUCCCUGGUACAGAUGAAAACAUUGGGCAUGCUUCCUUGAGACACCUGCUGUCACUGUUCACCUAGCAGCAAGUAGGUACCUGAGUGUUAGUUGACUGAUGUGGAUCGCAUCCUGAGGGAAAAAUUAACCUAAGUUGCUCUGCAUAACAAGGGGCUUUCUACAUAUUAUGUCAUUGAUAUCAGUUAGUACAUGAUACAUUGUAUCAAAUUUCUCAUAUUUUAUGACUUUUCGAAAUGAUGCCAACUACCCUGAAACAGUGUUACGUUGCAAUUACUCAAGAUGACCACUAAUUAUCAUUGAACUAUGGUAGUACUGUUGCAAUAUCACAAUUCACACGAUACACCGCUGCCGCUCAUAAGAUGGGCACUGACUGACUGUAGGUAAUUGUCUUUGUUGACUGCUUACAAAGACUGAAUCCUGGGGAUGCCAUCCCCUUGUACAAUAGACAGAAAGCUGUAUGACUGGCGAGCUCAAAAACAACCAAUCACGUAACUGGAGAUUAUCUUAUCACACCAAAUAUAACCAACAAUCAACUUGCAACUUAAGGCAUCUGACAGAAUGUCUUCAAACACGAGACUCUAGCAACUAUGUCUGAUGCUUUGUCAGGUGUGAUAUUGCUAUAAAGUCAAAACUUAUAAAAGCAUUAUGCUGUAUGGAUGUGUUAGUAUAUAUAUACUAAGGUAAUAUGCCAUGUUUUAUUAAGUAGGCAGUAACU